UCUCUCUCUCGCUCUCUCAUGUCGGAUCCCUCAACGACUUCUCUGCAACUCCCUCUCUUAGAUGUCUCUCACCCUUUACUUCCUUCCACACUCUGCUCUCUCUCCCAAGCAUGCAGGGACUGGGGAUUCUUCCACAUCACCAACCAUGGCGUCUCCAAAGACCUCCACGCUAAACUCCACUCCCUCUCCAAGCAGGCUUUCAGCAUCCCAUCAGACAUCAAACUUAAAUUAGGACCAUUUUCUCCCAUUAACACUUACACACCCCAUUUCAUUGCCUCUCCUUUCUUCGAAAGCUUGCGAGUCUCCGGCCCCGACUACUAUGCUUCAGCCAAGAGCUCUGCCGGUGUCCUCUUUGGAGUUCCUAAUUCUGAGUUCUGUGACGUACUUCAAGAAUAUGGGAGCAAAAUGAUGGGUUUGUCAAAGAAAAUCACUACCAUUCUGUUAAAUUGUUUGGGAGAUGGCUUCGGGGUGAAAUAUUACGAACCCGAGUUUAGUCAUUCCCAUGGGUACCUGAGAAUAAAUAAUUACUCCCCUCCUGAGGCUGCCAGCUCGCAGGAGGUCGAAGGCCUCGGGAUGCACACUGACAUGAGCUGCAUCACGAUUCUGUUUCAAGAUGAGAUCGGAGGACUACAGGUGAGAUCAAAGCUAGGGGAGUGGAUGGACAUAAUGCCCAGUGAGGGAACGCUCGUCGUGAAUAUUGGAGAUUUGUUGCAGGCUUGGAGCAACGGGAGGCUUAGAUCAUCUGAACACAGGGUGAUCUUAAAACAACCAGUUCGACGUUUCUCUUUGGCUUUCUUCUGGUGCUUUGAGGACGAAAGGGUUGUUGCAGCACCGGAGGAGGUAGUGGGCGAAGGGAACAAGAGAAUCUAUAAGCCGUUUGUGUGCGGAGACUACAUUAAAUUUAGGGAGAACAGCGAGAGGGGGAGAUUUGAGAAAGUUGGGUACACUGUAGAUGACUUUGCAGUGACCACAUCUUCACAAUCUAAGGAGGUUGAUCCGAGGCGGACGAUUAGCUUGUGAUUUUUUUUUCCUCUUAAUUUUUAGCAAAACUGU